AUUUACUUAAUUAUUUUGUUUAUGCGAACAAUGUUCAUUUUACUAUAUCCCAUCAAGAAGAACUCUCUUCGAUGAUUGUUCAUUUCGAAAGUUUUAUUUUGUUUACUCCAUUUGAAAAGUGUUAUAUAGGGGAAUGAAGUUACAUAUAUGCAAACAUUUUCUCAAGGUGACAAAAAUUAUUCUAUGAUUGUUCAUUUCGAAAGAAUUUUCUCAAGGUGACAAAAAUUAUUGGGGUGAGAGAGGCUCGAACUCUCGACCUCAGGAUCACUCUAUUGCUAUGAGACCUACGCGCUAACCAACUGCGCCACCACCCCAAUUUACAAUACCAUAGUUAUCAUUCGAAUUUCAUACUAGCUUUGAAAGCAAGUAAAUUAGUGUUUGUCAUUUUGUUUAGGGAUUACAAUGAGGUGGGUCCGAGAAAAAUAAUGAAUAAAUGUUACUCUAUCUUAACUAGUUUAGAUUUUAUGUUAUCCAUAUACAAGAUUCUUGUAGUAAAUAAAACUACACUCGUAUUCAAUAAAAAAUAAUAGAUUUCUCCAUAUCAUCUUAAUUGAUGUACUACCAAUACAAUCAUAUUAACAUUAUGCAAAUAAAAAAUUACAAAUCACCAAUACUAAGAGAAAUAGUAAAAAAGAACACUAAUUAAAUCAUGAGAAAUUAUAUGUGUAUUAUAAAAAAAAAAUUCUUAGAAAUUGUCAUUUUUUCUUAUUAUAUACGUUAAGGCAAAUGGACACUAAAAUAGAAUAUGUCGGUCAAUAUGCCCAAUAUUUCUGCUGCAUAUACGAUGUUUAAGAUAUGUAAGUGAUCACUUUGAUACAUUUCAAAGCGCCCUAAGUCAUAUUGAAUUGACAUUUAUACUCUGACUUCAAUUUUCUUAAUCUCUACCUCCUUGUUGCGUCCCGCCCACCAGCCAAUUGUCGGCUGCCGCCGCUGUUUUCCAGAACCCAAACCCGCCGCAGCUCCCAUUCCCCAACCCAACUUCGUUCUAUCUUCCCACCGCCUACCUCCCUGUCAAUUUCCAAGUUAAUUUAUUCUUCUUCCCAAAUCCAUUUCCCUUUCCCGUCUCCGUCAAAUCACUUUAAACAAAUAUACUAAAAUCAAACAAAAAUAAAGAAAGGGAAAAGAAGGAAGCAGAAGGCAAAGAAACCCCAUUUCCCAAACCCGUUGCCGGUCGCCUGUCGCUGCCGAAAAAAGAAUUUGAUAAGCUUCCCAAUCAUCUUUUUCUGGGCUAAGGAUACCGAUGCUAGAAAUGGGUUGAGUUCCCGUGUCUGAACCGCUCGGCCCGGCCUCUCUUCCCAUUGUUGGAAUUCAUUGAUUGAUGGUGGCCUGCCGUUGGAAUGGGGAAGGAGGGAAAUGGAAUGGAUCAAAAUUUAAUGAGAAGGGUAAGAGUGUAAUUUUAUUAUGGUUUAGGGCGAUAAAUUCAAAUAUUUAGGGCGACGAAUAGCAAUCCCCUGCAAUAAGCAGUGCGCUUAUGUCUGUUUGGCGCCAGGACUAAUACGCCACCGUUUUAAGCGUGGCGGGAAUUGUUCUUCACGGGCACUCCCAUCCCGGGAAGGCGCGCCAACCGCUAGUUCCGCCAAUCCUUACACCAGUUGGAUUACUAUUCCUUUUUCCAAUUGGGUUCGGUCUCAAAUUCCUUUUCAUAUAUAAUAAUUCACAGAACCCCAAUCCUUUCCAGACUCUCCCUAUCCGUGCCGACGCUAUUGCGAUUCCUCCCUUCUUAGUUUUUCCCCACUUCGCGCAGUUUCCCCUGCGUUCGAAAGCUAGGGUUCCGACGACAGUUCUGCGGCGAUGGCACAUCCACCGGUGGGUUUCGCUGCUCUGCACGAUGGCUUCCCCCUAAAUCUGAAAGCAAGAAUUUCAGCGGCAGUCGGCGGGGAAGCCGUCUGUUCCUUGGGGACAACGUUUACUCGCGUGAUGAGGAAGAGAUUGAUGGCAACGGACCUCAGCCCGCACCACGGCCGUCUGUCCAUCCCCGGUAAGGAGAACGCCCGCGAGCUCUUGGAAAUUCUGACAGAUGAAGAAUGGUCGGAGCUGAAGAUGGGGGAGAAGAUCAAGUUGAGGUUUUUCCUGGGCCCAGAUCUCGAGGUCGCCUCCCCCGACGAAGGGUCUUCUUGCCUGGCCAUGUGGGAAAUGGCGAGAAGCACAGUUUUCGCGGUGACCGGCGGCGGGUGGAGAUGGGUGCUGAAGGAGAUCGGAAGGCUGGAUAUGAGGUGCGAUGAUGUGAUUCAGUUGUGGAGCUUCAGGCUGAAGACUCAGGGGAGCUCUGUUUCGUACUCGUUACCGCCAACACGAGAAGAUUAGUUGCUGACAGGGAGCGCGUUGAAGAGCAAGAAGCCGCAGCAGCAGCAAUGGCAGCACUGUCACUCGAAAGAAGGAGAAGAGCACCCAGUUGCUGGUUUGACACAAUUGAAGCUCUCUGAUUAGCAUCGAGCUCUGGACAAUGGUUCCUAUUUGUUUUGGUUAAUGGCACUCUGUUUAUCGAAUGAAGAAGUCUACGUUUU